AUGUCAGCAAAACUUAUCUUUGUUACCGGAGCCUCUGGGUUUGUUGGUUGUGCUACAGCGCAAGUCGCCCUCAAAGCUGGGUAUCAACUUCGUCUCUGCGUCCGGAAGGAAGCCCAGAUCGACCGACUCAAGUCCGUCCUGUCACCUUAUCUUAGUCAGCUAGAUUUUGUCGUCCUCCCUGAUAUUACCAGAGCAUCUUCCUUCUCCGGCCAUCUAGAUGGAGUUGACUAUGUUUUGCAUAUUGCCUCUCCUCUUCCUGCCGGAACAAACAAGGACGAUUACUUCCCAGGUGCUGUCGAUGCAACCACAGCUAUCCUUUCAGAGGCAGCCAAGGUUUCAAGCAUUAAACGGGUUGUCAUCACCUCUUCUAUCGCAGCCUUGAUGCCCCUAGGAGGCCCACCGUCGGAUCAUCCAGUUAGCGAGCACGUGAAGGCCUGGGACACUACCAUCUCUCCUGAUCUCCCUGCCUUCGACCAAUCAUCCAACCCUCACCCAAUGGUUCUCUAUCAGGCCAGCAAGCUGUUGGCACUACAGGCUGCUGAGUCCUUCUUGUCCACCCAUCAUCCUUCCUUUGAUAUGGUGACUAUCCAUCCCUCUUUAGUAUGCGGACCGAACAUCCUUCAGUCCUCUGCAGCUGAAGUAGGUGGCAGCAGCGGUAUGUUGUUUAGUGCGAUCAUGACUGGAGCGGCCCCAGCUGAUCCCAGUGCUUUGACACUUGUCCACAUCCAAGAUGUUGCCGAGGCGCAUGUUAGAGCACUGAGUCUAGACGUACCGGCCGGGAGAUAUUUAAUCAGUUCUCCUGGAGGUACUCGCUGGUCCGACAUAGUUGCCAUACUUAGGGAGAAAUUUCCGGAUGUGCACUGGAAGCUCAGUGGAGAAAGCAAAGGUCAAGGAUGGGUCGUGGACACGACGAAGGCAGAGGAAGGACUUGGUUUUAAGCCACGGGGAUUGGAGGAAAUCGUUCGUGACACGGUGGAUUUCCAACUACGGUUGAUAAAUGAAACGCAAAGUUAG